UAUUACUGUCAUUGUCAAAUUCUAACGUUAAAACGAUUUAUUUCCUCAACUUGUUACUAACUUAUAAAAUAAUUUUUAUUGUACUCAACCAUAUUUUAAUAAAACUGUGAAUGCAAUUGUUAAGAUUGCGUUUGUUUAGUUAUUUACGGGAAACGUAAAAUGAAUUCUACAAUUUCGGAUGAUUUAAACCGUGAGCAUUUAGCAUUGGAAGCAGCAAAGUGUUUAAAAAAUAUUUUUGCAAAUUCGCAAAACGUUACUGCAUUACACAAAGAUCUUUUAGAAAUAAAUUUGUCAAUUACUGCGUAUAUUGAAGAAAGCAAGAAACGUUUAGAAGGUCUUCGCCUUGAAUUAGCUCGUCAGGCAACGAGUUCCCAUAAAGUUGUAGAUAUACUAAGUCAAAAAUAAUAAAAUGUCGAAUUUUCCUAAAACACCUCAAAAAAGAAGAAUACCCUAUAAAAAUGUCAAUAGUUCUAAACAAGAAACCAAUAAUAACUCAAAUGCACAAUUAUCAAAACAGGAAUCUGCGAGAAAUUUCAUAACAUGGUAUAAGAUAAUGGUAGAUAAUGAUCGCCACAACUUUGCUAUGUUUCUAUCUGAAGAUGUUACACUAGAGUGGUUCGGAAGGACUGUGAGGACUAGAAAAAAAGUUGCUGAUUUUAUUAAAAAUGACAUACAGUGUUCGAGACAUGAUUUUACUACAGUUCAAAGUAUUGACAGGAUUCAAUCUAGAAAUGAUAUGUUACAAAGGAAGGAUGUCACUAUGUUACCUAGUCCUUUACAUUCCCCUGAAACUGAUCUUCCAAAAAUACAAAGGUCGGGUAAGAGAAAAAUUCAAACUACUUGCAGUAGUCCACAAUGGGCCGAAGGGUGUGGGCCUGAUGAUGAAGGAGAUACAGUAGAGAGUAAACGUCAAAGAUCGAACAAUAAUGUUGGAAGAUAUGACCAAAAAUGUAAUAUAAGAGAUGAUGAUAUGGAAAUAAGCAAUAAAGGUGAUGGUUUGACAGAAAAACGUAAAAGUUCAUCAAAAACUCCUCCUAAUAUGGAAUGCGGUCAGGGUGAUUGCCUUCCCUCAACUAGUGGAGCUGGAUCUGAAAGUUGUCACGACACAUUUAAUACACCAGUACCUAAAUUGGCAGUUGAGUGUAAUGGUUAUGUUGAGUUUAAUAGGUCCAGAAAUAGUCGCAGUUCGGAAAGUAUGAUAUGGGAUAGAAAGUGCAAGUUACAAAUAAGUUAUUCAGAAGAUCCUCUUUAUGUAGGAGAGUAUAUCAUUUGGGCUUUACGAUAUAGUGACGAAAGUAAGUGUCGUAGGAAUUUGUUAGCUGCGUUCGAAGAGGCAGUCUCGGAUGAAUGAAAUUUACACUUAUAAUGAGUUUCAAGAACCUUUCAAUAUAAAAUUUAGUAUAUUUUAAUUUUUACGACAAACUCUAU